AUGGCAUCCGCCGACGAGGCUAAGCUGUCCCACUCGGACGACAACGACAUCCACAACCAAGAGAACGUGUCGGCGCGCGGCAGUGCAUCUCGCAGCAUCAAGCAGCAGGUCCGCCACCGUGCUUCAGUGGCCUGCGCAUCAUGCCGUGACCGACGUAUCCGUUGUGUGGUGCCCAAAGGCGAGGCCGAGUGCACACAGUGCAAGCGGGCCGGCACCGAAUGCAUCAUCAAAAACGACGAUGAGCGUCGGCGGCCCAUUUCCAAGGCGUACAUGUCGUCACUAUCAGACCGCAUUCAGCUGCUGGAGAGCAUGCUGGUAGAUCGCGGUGUUGAGCCGCCGCCGGCUGUGCACCCGCCCAAGACGCGACAAGACACGGCAGGAAGCAAGGCCGGUGGACAGACCAGUGCCGACGAGGGCCUAUCAAACUCACAACAAGUACUUGCUGCCGGCUUUGCCCAGCAACAGCAACAGCAACAGCAACAGCAGCUGCAGCAAGAAGCUGCGGCACAACAAGCAGCAGUGCAGCAGGCAGCUGCCGCGCGAUCCCAGUUCCAGCAGCAGCUGAUUGCAACCACCAGUCCCGAUCUCCUCGCCCCUACACCACAGGCCCAGCAGUUCGUCUCAAACCAGCUGCCCUCAAACAUCAGCAACGGCCAGCCGGCUCUGAGCAGUGAUGGAUCCCCAUCACGCGACAAUACGUCACCGCCAGAGUCCUCGGCGGACAUCCAGACUGAUGACUUUAAUAUGCACGAAAGUGAACACCUUGACACAAGCCUGUCCGGUCCCGUGGCUGCGGCAGCCUCCGCAGCCGCCGCCGCGGUGAAUGCGGCUGGAUUUCAACAUGGCUUGCAGCAGCAACACCAAUUCCACAACUCUCACGCCCACGCUACAUCGUCACAACUCGCCUCCUCACAUUCAUCGUCACACACCGCACCCCACACAUCCACAAUGCUUACCGGAGGCGUGUUUAACAAAGAAACGUCACCAUUUCGCAACCUUGACCCAAAAAAAGAAGACAUUGUACAGCGCCUGUUAUCGACGAAGGGCAACCUGUCAUUUGACCAGCUCUCUGGGCGUCUUCGCUUUUUCGGCCCUACAGCCAACAGCCACGUGUACGCUGAGACAUCCGACUCGGUCGAUUCUCGUGAGCCGCCCGAGCAGGUACGCCGAUCUGAACGCAUUAUCCGCUCGUUGACCUCAACCACGCACGACUACCUUAUGAACUGUUUUUGGAACCACUACAACGCCAUUAUCUACGUCAUCGACCGCGAGGCAUUCGAGGCCAGCCGCGAAUCGCAGAAUCCCAAGUUCUACACAUCCUUCCUGCACAUCACCGUCCUGGCGAUGGGCUACCGCUUUUCUGACCGCGGUCGUGAAGAUAUUAAGAAGAUUAGUCUCGGAAAUCGCGAGAGUACACUGCAGCGCGAGGCCAAGUACAUGCUCGAUAUCGAGCUGGAGCGGCCGGGUGGCAUUCCAAGCGUGCAAGCACUUCUACUACUCGGUGACCUCGAGUGCGGUGUCGGCCGUGACAACACCGGCUGGAUGUACUCCGGCAUGGCUAAUCGGCUGGCCUUUGACAUUGGCCUGCACCUCGACUACCGCAGCACAGGCAUGAAUGAGAAAGAAGUCGACAUUCGCCACAUGGUCAUGAAGGCAGCCAUUGUCAUUGACAAGUACUGGGCGCUGUUCCUCGGCCGGCCGACGAGCAUCAAAAGCCAAGACAUUGGCAUGGACUUGUUGACAAAGCGUUUCUCCUUGAUGGUAUCGUUCCCCACCGAGGAUAACAGUGCAGACGGUGUAGGCGGCAACCGCGACGCCCGUCCCGCCAAGAUGAGCAACGAGGAGAUCUACGAGUAUCUGUUUGAGCUCAUGGAGCUGGCCGGCAAGAUUGUCGAGACGCGCGACAUGCACAACCUGAACACCGGUAACAACAAUACCAACGCAGGUCAAAACAGCACCAACGCGUUUGGCGGUGCUUCUGGGUACGGUGGAGAUGUGCGCAACAAUGCGUCGGCCAGUAGCUUUGCAACCAUCAUGCCGUUUGCAGGCGGCACAGGUGCCGGCCGCAAUGGCAACAGCGGUACGCUACCCCAAGUUGGUGCUAGUGACAACGUCUUUGCACUCGACGAGUCCGAAGAGAACGCGUACCUGCACGUCAUCAGCCUGGACCGGCAACUGCAGAACUGGUACCGUCGGCUGCCAGACCACCUGACAUGGAAGCCGGCCAACGUCAAGGCUGCGCCGAUGAGCUUCUUCUUGCUCCACCAGCAGUACCAUGUCUCCAUGAUUCUGCUGCACCGCCCGUGGGCCAAGUACGGCUCGAUAUUGUCGUCGGACGGGUCAAGCACCAACUCGCAUCCGAGCCCGUCGUCUCCUUCUGCUGGUGGUGGCAACGUUGCGGCUAACCGUCGCGACUCGUUUAGCAGCAAUACAACAGGAAGUCAUGCCGGUGGCAUGACCGUGGCACAACAGCAGCAGCACAUGUACAAUGGCAUUGCCGGCCAGGGCUCGCACGCCAUGGCCGCCAGUCACUCGGUGCUCGGCCUGGGCGACCCGCAAUGCAUCGUGGAUGACAGCCGCACCACGUUAUCGCGCAGCAUUUGCACACAGCAGGCCAUUCGCGUUGCGCGCAUUUUUUGGCAGCACCGCCAGCGCUUUGAUGGCCGUCGCAUCUGCAUCACGGGCAUCCAGCACGCCGGCACGGCCGCCAUUGCCCUGAUUGCUGCUCUUGCCUACCAGCAGAGCAGCGAUUCCGACCGUCGCUCGUACCUGGGUUACCUCGAGAUCCUAUCGUACGCGCUGACUGAUAUGAGCCACACUUACCAACCAGCGUCUCGCAUGGAUGACCUGCUCAAGGCCGUCUUGGAGCAGCUACGAAGUGACGUUUACGGGCCCGACUACGCGGCGGCCAUGGCAGUGGCGACUUCUGCUGGCAACAACAGCAACAGUAGCAACAACAACAACGGCCGGCCUGGUAGCGUGUCCUCGUCAGCAGCAUAUGGUAGUGAGCUUGGUAGCGCUACUUCUCUUGGUGCCGGUGGCAGCAGUGGAUGGUACGGUCCUGGCAACGUGGGCGCGGGAAGUGGUGGCAACAUGAAUGGCUUCACCGGCACCACUCUGGUACAAGCAGCCAGCGGCGCACCCAGCGGUAGCAACGGUAUUGACGUCUACAGCGUGUUGCCAGCUCGGCGCGAAAACCCAGACGCGGAUGCUCUCCAGUCCUUUAAGAAAAGGCGGCCCCCUCCCUCACGUCGCGCCUCCGAGUUCACACGGCCACCACCACCUUUCUUUUCGCAACACACGCCACCCGGUCCGAACGGUGCACCGGGUGGCGGUGGCGGUUUCCCAACAACACCUUCGACAACGGCAGCUGCGACAGCUGCAGCCUCUGCAGCGGCGGCGGCUGCCGCCGCGUCUGCUGCUAUCCACCACCCAGGCAAUAGUCACCACCACAAUGUCCAAGGUGUGCAUAGCCAGCAGCAGCUUCAUGCGGCUCAGAACCAAAUGAUGACCAACUUUUUCUCAGCCGGCACGCCCGGCGGCAGCGGUGCUGCAUCUGAUCGUGGUGGCCCGUUCGGCUUGGACUUUCUCAAUGGCUCGGACAUUGACCUUGACGGAUUUGAAGACCGAAAUGACGCCACGGGCCUGCUUCGUGGCACUGGACUUGAUGACUACGUGCUGGUCCAGCCGGGUACUUCGGAUAGCUGGGCUUUGAAUGGGAACACCCACCACAACCAACAGCCUCAACAGCCUCAACAACACCACAUUCAACAUCACCAUCACAGCCAAAGCCACGGAGCCUUUGAUAUGCCUAUGGCGGACUGGACGGUCGGCCCGUCGGCUGUUACCACAAGGCCUGUGGCGUCUGCAGCCGGUGUCAAACCCAUAGCAUCACUGUCAGCUUCGUCGACACGGGGUGGCAAUGCGGUCGGUAUCGGUGCGGCGUUGGAUGCCGAGCGAAAGGCAGCCGCCUCGGCUGCUGGCUUGCGCAGCAACAACAAUACCAACACCACCACAACCUCGUCCCCAAACAACAGCACCAACACUGCGCCCCCGCCCAACAACGGCGGCCCAUCGCCUGCCACCAUCGGCACCGAUACCUUGGACUCGGUGUCAGUCUCUGGCGUCAAAAACCGUGCCAGCUUUGACAGCUUACGUCCGCAAAUGGACAUCCGCAACAACAGCUCUGCGGUUGGCGAGGACGAACAUGGGAACAAGAACAACCUCGACUGGAUGGAGGCUGACGUUCCACUUGACGCUCUCAGCCCUGUUAGCCUGAGUGGCUUGGUCGUGCAAACGGUCGAGAAGACUAUGGGUGAUGACAAUAGAAACAACGGUGACGAUGGCCGCAACACUGAUGAUGCCGGUGGCAACACCGGCGACCCUGGGUCAAUAGCUGGCCAUGAUGAUGACCGCAACCACGACCUGGACUUUUUCAGUUUCUAG